UAUCAGUGAACGGUAUCACGGCAAGUUUGAGCCAAAAUGCGUGCUUAUUCGUCCAACUGAAGUCCGGCCUUGUGUUCUGAUAAAGUGUUAAAAUGUCGGGGACGCAAAUGUCUGCCUUCCUGAGGCAGUAUCUAGCCGAUGAGGACAAAAAAAUUCGUGCGCAAUUCAAAGAAAGCGAUCCUAACAACAAAUUGAUUCUAUGGAUGCACGAAAAAACGAGAAUAACAGAGGAGGACUUGGCGCGCCCAUACACCGAGGACGAGGUAAAGGAGCUGUGUCUACGCACCAAAGUGAAGGUUGAUAUGACCGCUUGGAAUUGUCUGUGGGAAGCCAAAAAGAGGUUUGAAGCAAAAGGACGUUUUGUAAACAAGUCUGAGAGAUUCAUCAACCGAAUGUAUGUGAAAGCGGUGCGCAAAAAGAUGGUCCAACCGUAUCCGGAGGAGUUUGUCGCCCAGCGAAGAGAAGUAGUUGCCGCCGAGACUAAGAAGCACAACAUCAGCCGAUUGGAUAGAUGGCAAAGGAAAAAGACUCAAAACCUAUCAGCACAAGAAUCCUCUCCAGCUCGUGGCGCUCAUCUUUCUUUUAUUGACGCGAUGCAGACCCACGAGGACCAAGUAAAUGCAAAUCUUAGUUCAGUGUCUCAAAUUAACUUUCAAGUGGAAGCGAUAGCUCGGCCAGCCGUGUCGUCAUCUGAUCUUAGCGGCAUCGGAGACGAUGAAGACGAACAUCAGCAGUCAGAAUUCCAGGAUGAACACAUCAACUGUCCAGAGACAGCGAUUAACGAGAACUCGGUGAGAUGUGAUCCAAUUAAUUCAGGAAGGAUGCGGACUGGAUGUAUAAAUUCACAAGGAAAUAACAAUACGGAGUCUGAUCCGGACUACUAUAUGUUUGGCACCCAAUUGAGCUCAUUACUACGACCCACGUCGACUCAAGAGCCUGACGACCAGGUAAACUGUCCAGAGACAGAGAUGAAUGAGAGCUGGGUACGGUGUGAUCAAAUUAAUUCGGAAAGCAUGUCGAUUGGACCGUCAAUUGAUUCGGAAGGAACUAUAACUUUUCAAAAUUCAGAGUCUGAGCCGAUCGACGUCGACUCAAUAGCCUGAUGACCAUAUAUCAAUUAAAAGUUUCCAUAUUAAACUAUAUAA